AUGCCCAUGCAAAUACCAGGGUACUACUUUGAUCCCGAGAAGAAGAAAUACUUCAAGAUUGAGAAGAACCACACGGCGCCCAGCUCCGUGGCAUGGUCGACUGACGCCGUCAAGCGCCGCAAGACGCAAGACCAGAUCUCCAAGGCGGCCAGGAAGCGCACCCACGAGACGAGGCGGAAUGUGCAGCGAUGUCCGUACUUUGAGAAUCCCCUCUACGGCGUGUUCGAGAGGGAGCUGAGUGGGCCGCAUGGAUUUAGGGCAAGAGACGUGCGCCCGGGGAUAUGGGCUCGUGGGUUGCUCCCAGCUAGGAAGACGACGUUUGGCCGCGAGCGAGGGGAUGGCGCAGGCGUGGAGUCCUUUUGCGUUGCUGGGUCUGCGGGGAAGAGAGUGCUUUAUGCAUCAACCUUGGAGACGGAGCUUGCGGCCGUGCGUGUCGAUGAACGGCAUCAAGCAAGGUUACAACGAGAACAAGUCCCGACGCCGGGCGUGUCCAAGGUUCGAUAUCACGAGGCCUCGGGGCGGAUGCUGGUCGCCCCGGCGAUGGGGAUGGAUCAGUGCUCGCUGACGACGUUUGUGCCGUCGAGAGAUGCCAGGGGGAGCUGGUUGCCAGGGGAGACGCCUUCGUACCAGCAGCUCUCGAUGCGGCAUCGAGUGUUGAGCGAGUGGUGCACCAAUGCUUUGAUGCCCUCGUCCCUAGACGGCACGCUUGCCUUCCUCGGCACAAACCAAGGCGUCGUACAGGUUUCCGUGCAAGACAGCAUGCGCAUCCUGUCAGGUAAAGAAGGAGAGCAGGUGUCACCCAAAGACGUGUACGCCCUGGACGCCCAGAAAGACAGACCGAACAUUGUGUUCGCUGGCGGACGCAAGGCCAAGCUGUGGAUGACGGACCUGCGCGAGGGCGGCUGGCAGGCUAUACGGAUACCCAGUGCGGUGGCCAAGGUACGCAGCCUGAACGAGCAUCAAGUCCUAGUGUCGGGGCUCAAGUCCACCCUAGCGGUGUAUGACCUUCGCUUCAGCAGGCGAGACUGGCCGCUGGUGCGGAUGGAGGACUUUAGGAACGAGGUGCACCUGGACGUGGGCAUGGACGUCUCGACGGAGCUGGGCGUCGUCGCUGCGUCGCAUGGUGCGGGUCUGGGACUGUACUCGUUGGACAGCGGCAAGAGAGUCAAGUGUCCUGCGCUCGACAGCGUGACUCUACGCGCGAAAGAGAUUGCGUUUCACGACGAUGAGCUCUGGUUUGGGAUGGGUAUGGCUGUUCGGUCCUACACGUACAAUAGUCUUAGCGGGCCUGAGAACGAAGCUUAA